AUGACGACGUCAGCAGGAGCCCCCAAGCGCCGACGGCGACUUGUUGGCGGUACCGCCGAAGAUGACGCGCCCGGUGGAGAGGAGGAAGAAGAGGGUCAAGAGAAAUUGCCUCUCGAGUCGGAGGCGCUUCUCCGUCAACUGAUUCACCAGCAGCGAUCGUCGCUCCAGCAGUACCGGAGGGAAAUCGCGGCUCUCCAGCGUCAGUUCGAAGAGCAACGGCGCGACGCAGCUGUCGCCGCGGAACGCCAGCAGGCCGUUUUGACAGUCUGGAGCGAAUUGCAAAGCGACGUUUUGAUCCUCAAGGCCCGCCUCGCUUCCCGCAUUGAUCCCAGUCUCGUCAGCAAGCUUUUAGACCAUCCGGAAUCGUCUUUGCUGGGUCCCAGCGUCUUCGGCGCAGCAGCCGACGUCCCCGUGAAGAGCGAGGCGCGCGGCGGCGAGCCGUCAGCCUCUGGGGAGACUGGCGGGGACGCGUCGCCGGCUCUCUCCUUCGAGGCUCCACUUUCGAGCGAAAGUGAGGAGUCAGACGACGAGGCUUCCGACUGCAAGGCGUCGCCGUCCUCCGCAGACGACAAAAAGAAGACUCUUGCUGAAGAGCUGCGCACGCAGCGGGAGUGGACUUCAGGGCUCCUGCGGGAUUUGGUGGCUGCGCUGGAGACAACGCGGGCUGGCGCCGGCAAAGAAGAACGGGAAAAGGAAGAAUUGGGCGGAGCCGGGACUGCGGAGUCUGCUCUCCCGGAGAAAGUGCUGUUUGCUCGCAUGCGCGGCGCGCUGCACAAGCUGCGGGAGACGGCGCGGCGGCAGCGGCGCCGAGCCCGCACGCUCGAGCGGGACUUGCGCGCCCGAAAGAAGGAGACGCUUGCGUUGAAGGUGGAGACAGAUCGCCUCCACAAGCAGCAGGCUUUGUUGAAGUACCGGUUCCGCGUUCUGUCGGGGGCCGCGCCAGAGAGUGCGGCGUCGCUCCUGAAGGCCGCGGGUUUGCGGGACGAGGCCGUCGAAGACGGGGUCGCCUCGGCCCGCUCCGCGUCGGAGACGGGUGUCUCCUCGGAGACACCUUCGGGCGCCGCGGCCGCGCCGGCGGCGCCCGGCGCGCCGCCGGCGCGAGCCUCAGCGCUUCCGUCUGGAGCGGGUUCGCAGGCGCCGUCUCCAAACGGCCCCGAGGCUGCGCGCGCCGAGGCGGGAGGGGCCCAGCUGUCCCCCGGCAGUGAAGCGGCGCAGGCGGGCGAGAAAGGCGACGGCGGGUCGGCGGGAGACAGUGUCGUGCGAGGCGGCUCAGGAGAAGCCUUUGACUUCUUGCCGCCGGCUGCGUCGCCUGAGGAGCUUCUCGAGCACCUCGAGUCGCUGCAGGUGAAACUACGGGAGCGAGAGAAGGAAAUUGCGCGCCUGCAGGAGGAGCGAACGACGCUGGAGAAGCUGGCGGCAGAAGUGAAGAUGCUGAGGACCCUGAACCACGAACUCAUUCUGCAGAGCCCACCGUACGUGGAGCUCCAGCAGCAAGCGACGAAGCUGGAAGAAGCCGUGGUGGCCCGGACAGCCGAGGUCGAUGAACUGCGCCGCGAACUCCUCCACGAGCAGAAGCACAAGGACGAGGAAUUCGAGAAGUUGCUGGCAGAGACGAAAGAGCAGGCUGACGGGCUGCUGGAGAAGGUGAAGGCGCUGACAGAUGACCUGCAGAGCGCAUGCAUCGACCGCGAGAACGCUCUCUUCGAGGGAGAGAGACUGCGGCAAGAACUGCUCCAUAGCAAGGCGUCCCAGGAAGAACAGGAGACGGUUUUCGCACAGCGCUGUGUGCAGCUGAGCAAGCUGAAGAUGCAGCACGAACAGCUGAAAAACGCGGGCAGUCAAAUGCUGCUGAGAAACGAACGCAUGCGGAAGGAAAGACAGACGCUCAUUGAGGCCGUUCGACAGAAGGAUGAACUGAUUUGCCGACUGCAGCUGCGACUCCGCACUGAGGACCGCCAGAAGCAAGACACUGCGGCCUCGCCGCCGACGAGUUCUGCGCAAGCGAGUGCCGAGACGAGCAGUUCCGCAUCGCCGACUCCGACGGACGAGAAAGCGGAGACGCCCAGUGACCCCACGCAGAACUCUUCCUCUCUCCCUGCCGGUGCCGGUUCUCCUCCGUCUUCCUCUUCUUCGUCUCCUGUGACUUCCGCUGCGGCCACGUCUCCUCGCGAGAGUCGGCGCAACUCGUUCUUGGCCAGCGGCUCUGCGUCUCUGGAGGGGCUCGAGUUGCCAGGCCUUCAGGGCGACGCGGAGACCGUCGAGAUGCAGAUGGCGAAGAUGAAACUCGACAAAGAGGCUCUGCAGAGGCGACUGGCUGACUACGACCAGCUGGUUGCGGAGAUUGCGGGACUGCGCGAGCAAUACGCGCGCGUCUCUGAGGAAGUCGAAGAAGUCAGCAAGGCGUUCGAGGAACGACAGACCUUCUGCGAGCACCUGCUGAAACAAAUCAAAGAAAAAGACGAAGCCCUGGCCGACCUCCGCAGCCGAAAUGCGAACUUCCUGCAACAGCAGCAGAUGCUCUCGCGUCUCUCGCGGCUCCACGACCAAAAGCUGUUGCUCCUGCGUCAGCAGUACGAACAGACGACGGCGAAUUCCAGAGUGUAUGCCGAGGCGUUACAGCAGGCGAAUGUUCGAGUGACACUUGCUGAUCAGCAACGCGAAGAGGCCGCCUCGCUGUACCAACAAACGCGCACAGCGCGAGACACUCUCCACAAGGAGAAAGAGGAAGCCCUCGCGAAACUCGCCACAGUCGUGGAAGCCAACAAGGUGCUCGACGCUGCAGCGCAGGAGAGCUUGUCCCGGAGAACCGCAGCAGAAAAUGACAUGCGUGAACUAGUAGACGCGAAGGUGGAGUUGGAGAAGCGAAUUGACAAACUGAAGGCUAAAGAAGAGAAACAAGACAGGAAACGCGCUCAUACUGCUGCGCUCGAGGAGUUGUCCGUUCGAGACCUUCAGCUUCUCAAAGACGAAAACGAGACCAUGCGGCGGCGUCUCGUUUGCUUCGUGUGCAAUGAGCGUUUCAAAGACCACAUAAUCAACAAAUGCGGCCACAUGUUCUGCCAAGUUUGUCUGGAGCGAAACGUGAAGACGCGGAACCGAAAGUGUCCUCACUGCAAGGCCCAAUUCGACCAAAAGGACAUCCGCAAGGUCUACCUGGACAACUAA